AUGAAGAACAGCAUCAUUUUGUUAAGCGGCGGGUGCGGAAUUUUAAUAUUAAGAAUUAAGAGGGCGUGAUACCCAAAACGACGCCGUUUGAUCAUGUCGUGGCUGGCUCGCUCAAUCGCCGACGGUCUCCGCCUCCAAGAGGAUGCGGCGGAUGACGGUGAGGGGAAGGAUAAUACUAAUCGUAGCGAUCCGGAAGGUGCUAUUCAACCUCAAAUUCCUCACCACCGGUUCCCGCCGGAGGAGGAUCGGCGGCGAGAUAGACCAUUCGAUGAACAAGAUCGUUUUCUGUCUAUUAGUGAAGGGGAUGCGACCGAUGAUGAUGGCCAAGAGCGUGGAGUGAGAGACGAUCUAUCGGAAUUCAGAGACAAUGUCGCGCGUCGAAUCUGGGGCGUUGCCUCGUUUCUCGCUCCACCGCCACCGUCCCCUCCUCCCGUGACGUUCACCAGGGAAUCUGAUUCGGUACGCGCGGAAUCAGACGAUGAACAGCCUGAGUCCGAUGAUGAUCCCGAGGAGGAUAAUGAGGAAUUGGUGGAGUACGAACCGCGAGGGUUUGGUCAAAUUGAGGAGUUGACGAAUUUCUCGCCGCCGGAGGAUUAUUAUACUCGUAUUUUGGAUGAGGCGAUUGGAAUCACGGAUGAAGUGCUGGCUUUUGCAAGGAAUAUUGCCCAUCAUCCUGAGACAUGGUUGGAUUUCCCUAUAGAGGAAGAGGAAUUUGAUGAUUUCCAUGUAACAGACACCCAGUACAAACAUGUGUUGGCUAUCGAACAUCUAGCACCAAGAUUAGCUGCUCUUAGAAUCGAAUUUUGUCCAGUCCAUAUGAGUGGAGCCUACUUUUGGAUGGUCUAUUUUGUGCUUCUGCAUUCAAGGUUAAAUAAGCAAGAUGCUGACCUGCUGUCUUCUCCACAGAUUGUGCGAGCAAGGGAAAUGUGGAUGCAAGAGCUACAUAAACAAACCAAAGGAGAAUCAUAUUGGUCUGGGACGACUUCUUUCAACUGUAAAGAAAAUGCAUAUUCACCACUUGAUAAAUUUAUGAUGUUCUCUGACCAAAACGAGCAAAAUGUGUCGGAUCAAGUCUGUGCCACCGAGUCUUCGUCCAACCAAACGACAACUGAAGAUGAGAUUGAGAAGCCAGUGGUCAAUGAAAUCGAGUUCAUCGACAAAUCAGUUAUCAGUGAGGAUCCAUCCCCUAAACUUCAGGAUAAGGAAAUGGUUGCCAGUUCAUCCUUCGUGAUACCAGUGCAGGAUGAUAAUGAUGACGACGGAUGGGUAACAGACGACUCUGACUUAAUCGGUUUCUCUGGCCCCUCAGUUGCUGUAAACGAAGAAGACAUAUCAUUCAGUGAUCUGGAGAAUGAUUUGGAUUAUUCCACCAUGCCCAUUAAGUCCAAAUCAGCUUCCACGGAAGACAAUAAAACAACCAAAACAUAAGUAGGCUCGCUUCCACAUGGGCAAUGCCCCAAGGGAAUUCGAUUCUGCAGGUCAAGUUUUUGAUCCUCCUACCCAUUGAGUGCAAUAUUUGCCAGCCCUUACGCUUGCGGGCUACUCAUCCAUCCAUCAGGUUUGCAAGAUUGGAAGCAUCGCGAGUUGCAUCUCACAAUUCUUCAAUGUCUCUGGUAAGAUGCGCCGCUAGAGUUUUGGUUUGGUAAUGUCUGAUAUGAAGAAUUACUGUUUUGUCUGAUUUAGUGUUGAAGUUCAUAGAAGUUCCUGUGGAGGAACUCCUUGUUGUUUCAAUUCUUUUCCCCUCCACUUUGGUCAUUGGCUUGUGUUAAUAGAAACUUCUCUGUUCGGAUCCUUUUCGGUUUCGAUCGAGAAGGGGGGCAACUCAAAUGUAAUAAAGAAAGCUUGCCUGUAGUGUUUUGUACAUACAUACAUACAUACAUACUUAUUAUGGUUUUGCUUGCUUGAUUUGCUUUCUUCCUUGAAUGAGUUCUUCUGUUUUGUUGAUAAGAUUUUGCUUUUCUA